CAACCAGGGCCGCACUGGAGGCUCAGCUGUGUUCAAGUGCAUAAGAAGAGGGAAGUGAAAUUUAUGAGGCCAACAAGUCUGAGUGAAGUGCAAAAGUAACUAGUAACAAAUGGUGACUAGUAACCUAAAUCUGAAAACAUUUCCAUUUUAAUAGAGAGACAAGAUGGACGGUGACAGUUCUACAACAGAUGCUUCUCAGCUAGGAAUUGCUGGAGAUUACAUUGGUGGUAGUCACUUUGUAAUACAGCCUCAUGAUGACACGGAGGACAGUAUGAAUGAUCAUGAAGACACAAAUGGCUCAAAAGAGAGUUUUAGAGAACAAGAUAUAUAUCUUCCAAUUGCAAAUGUGGCAAGGAUAAUGAAAAAUGCCAUACCCCAGACAGGAAAGAUUGCUAAAGAUGCAAAGGAGUGUGUGCAAGAGUGUGUAAGUGAAUUCAUCAGCUUUAUAACAUCUGAAGCAAGUGAGAGGUGUCAUCAAGAGAAACGAAAGACUAUCAAUGGAGAGGAUAUUCUCUUUGCCAUGUCUACCUUGGGAUUUGAUAGUUAUGUUGAACCUUUGAAGCUGUAUCUCCAAAAAUUCAGAGAGGCAAUGAAAGGAGAGAAAGGAAUUGGAGGAACAGUUACAACUGCAGACGGUCUUAGUGAGGAGCUCACAGAAGAAGCAUUUACUAACCAGUUGCCAGCAGGUUUAAUAACUACAGAUGGCCAGCAGCAAAAUGUUAUGGUUUAUACAACAUCUUAUCAACAGAUCUCUGGUGUUCAACAAAUUCAGUUCUCGUGAUUUGAAGAAGGCUUUGGAUUUGGGAAUGGAAGAGACAAGAAAGCUGUACAACUUGUGAGGGGAGACGUUAGUUUAAAAUGACAGAGGAGAGAGUUCUCUUUGUACAUUAAAUAGCUGUAAUGUAGCUACCUGAGGCUUGACUAAUGGAGGUGUGAAUUCUGACUCAAAUCUUUUUUUCAUGAAUUUUAAAAAAAUUGGAUUUUAAGGGUAUUAAAGUAUUUUUGUUUUGUACAAGAGUUUGUUGCUCUGUAUAACUCCUGUAUGCAUUGUAUAUUGCAAUUUAUUACUGUCAGAGAUUUGUAGACAGUUUCUUAUUUUCAUAUUGAAUCAUGUUACUUUUGUAAUUCAGGUAAACAGCUGAGUUUAAUUCAUGUUUACCCUUUAAAUAAAAUAAGGGUAAAGUUCAUUUUGAAUGCAAGUUGCCUUUAUUAUAAAAUUUGAAUUGUUCUUGGUUAUGUAAAUUGUCUUGCAUGUCUUAACUAGAUUUUUAAUGUUGGCAUAUUUAUUGAAAAUUUGAAAGGAAUUUUUUUUAUGAAACUCUAGCAGCUCAAAAGAAUUGUUAGAAUUGUUUUUUAAUGUAACAUUAGAACUUAAUGUUAAUCCAGAAGCAAACAAUUGUUGGAUCUGUUGAAAUUUAGAUAUUUGGUGCCCAUCAACAGUGUUUACUAUAAUGCAAUAGUUAUUUGAGAUAGCUACUACAGGCAUUCAUUAGGCUACUUUUACAAUUAUAUUAACUUAACUCUGUACAGACUUCUGAAGAAUAAUUUGUUAACUUUAAAGUAGUCUUAGAGCUAUUGAAAUAUGCUUUCCCUUUAUGCAUGGUUUUUGGAAAGCCAAAUCCCAAAAUGUAAUUGUUUCCUCGAGUGUUAUAGGAGGAUUUUAUAGUCUUGUGGUAAAUGACCUCAAUUUAACUUUUUAAACUGAAAUAUAAGGUUUGGUUUCCUGUAAGACUGUGGGAACUCUCAAAUGUUUCAGAAAUAGUGUGUACAGCGUGUGUAUGCACGUGUGUACAUGCAUAUGCAUGUGUGAGUGACUGAAAUAUGAAUAGGUGAUAAAAAAAUCUGAAAUGAAAGACUCAAACUUCUAGUUUGUUGUCUCCUUCCUGAUUUUGCAAUAAACUGUACCUAGAUAAUGUAAUUUUGUAUAUUUAGUGAGCUGUUUAGUAACGUUGCUGGUUGGUUUGUUUUUUAAAUAAUUGGGUGAAUAAUCUUGUUAGAUACUUCAGUGUCCUAGACUGUGUUGGUGGUAGUGUACUAGCAUCCCUGUUAUUCAGGCUGAGUUUGGAGACUUAAUAUUUCUAUUUGCAUUUCAGUGAGCUGAAAGUUAGUAUAACCCUCACUCUGCCACCCAUCUCUUUUUUUAACUUAAAAACAAAAACAAACCUUUGGCCUGGUGCCAUAGUUUUCCUGGAGGCUAUUUUGGAAAUGUGAUGUUUAAAACCUUAAUGGACUACAUAACCUGGGUUAAAACAAAACUCAAAAAAAUUAAAUUUCAGAAUUAUGUGCUA